AUGGCGAACGUCCAUCAGUCCGCGAGGUUCACCCAGGGGCGCAGCCCCGCGGAGGUCGUGCAGCCGGGAAGGCCCUCCGUCUGCGCCCUGGACCGCUCCCUGGUGCUGCGGGCCCUGCUCGACGCCGGCCCGCGGCCGGCGCCGGCGGCGCUCGCGGCCCUCGUGCCGUGGGUCUACGCGCCCGCGGUCGUGGGCUUCUGGGCCAACGGCGGGCGCCCCUACGGCGAGCUCGGGCUGCGCCGGGCGAGCAGCGCCGGCGCCGGCGCCGCGGCCGACCCGGCGGCCCCCGGCGCUCCCGGCGCGGGCGCGGAGCAGAUCGACGAUGUCGCGCCGCCGCGCCCGCUCGCCGCCCACGAGUUUCUCCUGUGGGAGCACAUGCCCGACCUGAGGGUGGUGAAGGCGCCCUGCCGAUCGCCAGCCGAAGAGAACAGCUGGGCCUCCCGAGCAGCGCUCCCGAGAGGCCGCGGGCGGGCUGCCGUGCUGCAGCAUCUGCCACGAGGAUAUGCUCGCCGGUCAGCUGGUCCGCCGUCUUCCAUGCGAGCACCUCUUCCACAGCACCUGCAUCAUGCCCUGGCUGCGGGCGCGGGCCGCUUGCCCGCUGGACAG